GCCCGUGAGCGGCGCCCCCUGAGCUGCGUCUGCCCCGCGGGACUGAUGUGCGCCCGGGAGGAAUGAAGCAUGGAUGUGAAGGAGCGGAGGCCCUACUGCUCCCUGACCAAGGGCAGGCGCGAGAAGGAGCGGCGGCACACCAACUCCUCGGCCGACAACGAGGAGUGCCGGGUGCCCACCCAGAAGUCCUACAGCUCCAGCGAGACCCUCAAAGCCUUCGACCACGACUCCUCCCGGCUGCUCUACGGGAACAGAGUGAAGGACUUGGUUCACCGAGAAGCAGAUGAGUUCAGCAGGCAAGGACAGAAUUUUACCCUAAGGCAGUUAGGCGUGUGUGAACCUGCAACUCGAAGAGGCCUGGCAUUUUGUGCGGAAAUGGGGCUGCCCCACCGAGGUUACUCUCUCAGUGCAGGGUCCGACGCCGACACGGAGAACGAAGCCGUGAUGUCCCCGGAGCACGCCAUGAGACUAUGGGGCCGGGGGGUCAAGUCGGGCCGCAGCUCCUGCCUGUCCAGCCGGUCCAACUCCGCCCUCACCCUGACCGACACGGAGCACGAGAACAAGUCGGACAGCGACAACGAUCACCGGGCCUUGCAGAGGUUGGAGCUGAGUCCAGAAGAGCCCUGAAUACAUGAACUUCGUGGUAUGAAGUGUGCCCAGCCGGGUCACACGGGAUACUCGUCCGACCGGUCGGCAGUGUCCUGCGUGGGGAUGCAGCGAGCGCUCUGAGGGGCCGCGCCCACCCGUGAGCCUGGAAUAGGGGCCACGGUGCCCAGCGAGGCAGGCAGCUGAAGCUCAGGAGCAGCAGCCCUGCGGGAUGCUCUUGUUUUCUAAAAUACAGGCAGAGCUUCGUACGUUACUGCCCCAGACUCCAAGACAGCCAGUUUAU